AUCUUGACAUGAUGCGACGCGACGCGAUGCUGCGCUACGCGACAUGACGCUAAGCCGCGAGAGCCAAGCCGAGCUGCGCUGCGCUGUCUUGAGACGGAGCGAGGAUCGAUCGGGGAAGUAGUGCGUCGCGAGGAACGUCCGUUCGCCGAUCGCGGCGGCGUGUCGAGUCUACUCGCGCGCUCGAGCGCGGAGCGAGCCUUCCCGCCGUUCGAUGCAUUCAUAACGCACGUCGCGACGGUCCUCCGGCCGUCGUCGGGAUCCGCUUCUACGGCUGGCGUGGCUCAAUGUGUGUCGCGUGCUUCCGUCGUUGCUACUUUAUAGCCGGUCCGCAGCGGCGGAACAACGCGAGCCUCCCGAACGAACGGUCAACACCGCGGCGUACGCACGGACGAAGUGGGUGGCUAGAAACGCGCGCAGAGAAAGAGCGAGUCGGUGUGUGUGUGUGCGCGCGCGCGCGCGAGUGUGUGUGUGUGUGUGAGUGAAAGAGAGAAAGAGCGGGAACGAGCGGACAAACGAGACAGGGCGACGACACACAGCGCAGCGUGCGACGAGACCGUUUUCUCGAAGCUCGCGGAAUCCGCGGAUUACGCACGUUUCACGUCGACACGCCGAACCGAGCGGCCCUACGUACACGCACAAUAAAAGUCAGAGAAAGAAAGGGAAAGGGAGGGAGACAGAGAUGGAUCUAUUCUUUUCAGCUGAACUGGCUUGCACUUUCUUCGCGUAGAGCGAAAUAGAGGUCUCGGCUGUAUACCUGUCUUUUCAAGUCCCGAAAGUGUACACCAAUUCAGCGAGAAAGAGCGAAUCUACCGAGGGGAAGAGUGGGAAGAGCGUUCUGGUGCAGCACAGGUGCACUCGACAGCAGGUUUAGAAAGAAAGACAGUACUCGGGCUCGUGUCGGGAUCCAAUAGGGCACAAACGCAGCAUCAUCGUGACGGCCUCCACGGACGGUAUCAAGGAAGACGUCGUGAUGAAGCAGGAACCGGAAGAUGAAGAAGAUUGUUAUCUCGACGACGACUCGAUGCCCGCGUCGCCGCCGCCGCCGCCGGCACGCACACCAACGUCGACGCUGUUACCAACACAAUCGUCAUCCUCGUCAUCAUCGUCGUCCGGUAGACACGGCAGCAUCACGCACCGCGUGCGCUCCCAUACAGGCAGCCUGCGCGCCAUGGCGAACCCGAGUGCUGUCUGGGCGCACUUCGACCUGUGCACUAACGAUCCGUUGCGCGCACAGUGCCGUAUCUGCGGGGCGGUUGUGGUUAGAGGUGGCGCGAACCCGCGUCAGUGUGGCACAACGAAUCUUCACCGGCAUCUGCGAGUACAUCACGGCGGCAGAUUGAUCGGCAGACGAUAUCACGUAUUACAGUCAACGUCCCAAGGAAACGCGACUGCUAAAACUAUAAGGAUAGCACAGUCCUUGGUGAGACCUCAUUUUCGUAACAUUGCACCAGCGCCACUGUCCCAGCAGCAGCAACCGCAGCAACAGCAACAGCAACAACAACCACGACCAACAAAGACUCUUGUGUUAAAAACUAUUCCAUUGAAAGUGAAACAAGUCGCGCCUACAACCAUAAAGAUGCCACCACGACAAACUAAUCAAGGAUUACCGCACAAUAUUGUACAUCAACAACCCACAGAAGUUUGCUUGAGGUGGAAUAGUUACCACAGUAACAUGCAGAACAGUUUCCCGUCGUUGCUGGAUUCAGAACAGUUCGUCGAUGUGACUCUAGCGUGCGAAGGGCGGUCCUUAAAGUGUCACAAGAUGAUCCUGUCCUCUUGUAGCGACUAUUUGGCAGAUUUGUUACGGGAGAAUCCGUGCCAACACCCCAUCAUCUUGAUGAAGGAUCUGAAAUUCUGGGAAGUGGAGGCACUGGUUAAAUUCAUGUACCGUGGGGAGGUCAAUGUCGCCCAUGAUAAACUCUCACAAUUGUUGAACGCUGCUGAGGCAUUGCAAGUGAAAGGAUUGGCUGGUCCGAGUCCAUCAUCCCAAAGCGCAAAGCCACCGCUACUCAUACCUCAAUCAAAGCCAUUGUCGUCGCAACCUGUAGUUCCUAGAGGCAUUACGGAAUCCAAAGAGAAUAAGGCGUCGCCCUCGGGAGUCUCUACGCCUUCUAGUCCUAAGCGCGCGCAGAAGCGGCAACAGUCUGAACCUUUAGAACCAAGGCCUUUUACCAAAAUACGUUUGCAGCGGCCCGUCACGCCGUCGUCACCCUGUCCAACCGUGAAAAUGGAGCCCUUGGACAUACCUCUCAGCCCGACCGAGAUAUUCUCCGAGAAUAACGAGGAGGCCGUCACGCCGUCCUCGGACUUGGACAAGCUUAUGAAUCUGCACGAAGAGGACGAUCCAGGUGGCGAAGAAGUUGGCAACGAAGUCAGGAGAUUACACUUUUGCGAACUGCCAGCUCCGCCAGAUUUAAAUGACAGCGAGGACCAAAUGGAGUUUGUACCUACCGAUUUCCUAGAGCAGCAGCAGGAGGAGGAAAUUGCCGAGGAACCAGAAUCGAAUUGUAAUAAGGAUAAUAGUAAAAAAGAUUCUCCCGACUACACGCCAGCCGACGACGCCGGGGAAGACGACGGAGUCACGGAAAGCGAAACUUCGACGCAGCCGUCGAAGGAGAAGAAAGUGACAUAGUAAGAUAUAUAGGAUACUUUUAGAUUUAACGAUUGCGGAUCAUGCAUCACGAAUUUUAAGUGAUAUACUUAAAAUUAUAAGUGUAUAAAAGAUAACUGUGACUCUUGAAAUUUUUACGCGAUGAUAUGUAUACUUUAUUGUGACGAGCGGCCGUACAAACACCAAGAAACGUUCGUGCGAUUCUACAUUGAAAACAUUUUCAUGAAAUUAACAUAGAUACUUUCUUUUUUAUCCUUUAUCGUUUGCACAGCGGUUUUUAUAGCGGUAGUACACGAUUGUAUAAAUAUUGACUCUUCAUCUAAUCUCUAACAGAUGAGAACAUAAUAAAGAUUUUCAUAAUCAUAUUUCUCCCGAAUCCUCUCUGUGGCAGUUGUGAUGUCCAAAAUGUUUUGUAUGUCACUUCAGCUUCUGCCAUAUAAUCGAUUGCUACACGAGUUCGCAAGCGCUGACUCGCAAUUUGACGCAUUCCAAUUUUGAUUGGAAAAAACAUGCGAAAAACGUUGUGCAAACAAUUAUAUACGAAUUAGGAAGAUAUCGCAUUAGAUAUUACGAAGACAUGUGGAAAUUGUUCUUGUACAUCAGGCGUCAUAUAUACCUUAACUUUGCAACUAGGAGAACAGGGUCGACAUGAUGAAUGCUUCGAAGUGUCAGAUAAAAAGAAUCUAGUUGAUCCAUUCGUCGCUUUGGGGCAUUCGUAGCAUUAAAUGAUCCCCUAUUCUAGGAUUACUUCAUAGACGUAUAAAGAUAAAAUGAACACUCUCAUGAGAGGCCAUAAAGACUCGAUUUAAACGAUGAUCUGUGCCAUAGACGUUUAACUUUCAAAACUUUUAUAAGAAAGCGCAAAUCUCUCUCUUCCUCCGUACAUAUGCGUAAGUCUAUGGAUAAGGUAAAAAUGGUAGGAAAUUCUAAUCGAUUGUACUUACAUUGAUCUGCGUUUGAGAUGAUCUCAUUUGGAACGGUGAAUAAAUUAUACUCCGAUGCGUAUCGACAGUGAGUUAAUAUUACAGUUGGUGGUGUUAAGGCAUAUAUAAUGUCUGGUGACUCGGACACAUGUUUUUGCCUCGCGUAAACGGAAACGUAAAGUCUCAAUUUCGUGAAAAUAAUAAAUCUAAUCAAGAGAAGAGUGAUGAUUUAGCGACGGUAGCGAUGAUCGAGCUAAAUUGUUUCUAUCACAGUGUGGAAAAAGUAGCCGAAUUCUAUUCAUGCAACUGUAAAUAAUACGUACGAAACACGAAGAGAUUGUUAUUUUUGGAAUGUAUGUAUUAAGUAUACUCGAGAACGUUUGUCGUUUUAUUCAGUCUCGUCGUCGUCGAUCAGGUUUACGAUGGAGGACCUUUUACUUUAGUGUACAGCAUUUGUGACAAACCUUGAAAGGUACAAUAUGUUAAAAAUAUUUCCGCUAGUCCAGCGCAUCUUUUUUCACUGCGUAUGUAUUUAUUUCAAUAUCUUCUACGUGUGCUAACUUCCUAUAUACAUAUAUAUAUAUAUAUAUAUAAAUAUAAAUAUAUAUACGAUAUGACAUCUCCGAUAUAGAGACAGGGCAUUUAUAAGAAUUUAAACAUAGUACCGCUCGAUGUUAUAUCGAAGUACGUAUUCGUUCAGUCGUAAGUGAAUGCGAUGAAGAUUUUACUUUAUACGAGAGAAAUUUCGAAUUUUAGACUCUAGAGUUGUCUUGUAACUUAUUUCGUUUGUAAAAGUGGUCGAGUGUAUCGUGCGUCGAUUAAUUGCGGAUUGUAAUUAUUUGUUGUACCGAGCAUGCGGGCGAACGAGCAAUAUGCUUAUGCGGAGCCGUGUGUACGAUUGGAAUAUAGGUGUAAAUUGUAAUGUGUGAAGAUACAUCUCGCAAAUAAACAUAUUACAAUAUUC